UGUGGCGCAGAUGAUUUUCUCUGUCUGAAGACUGAAGUCCAGAAGAUGAGUGUUUGUGUGGAGGAAGAAGAGGACAGAGCAGAGUGUCCAGGAUCCAUCUGUCUAUCUAUGAAGAGUGACAGGUCCAAAGAGAAUCCUCCAGACAUCAGUAAUGAACCUGGACCCUCAGACACAAAAGGUCAGGACCACAGACUGAGAGCAGAGUCUCCAGGAUCCAUCUGUCUGUCUAUGAAGAGAGCAAGGUCCAAAGAGUUUAAUCCUCCAUACAGUAAUGAACCUGGACCCUCAAGUGGUCUGCAGGAGGUUUUAGAUGAACAUAAGAUCAGUCUGAGGAGGAGAUGUGAACGUGUGACUGAAGGAACUGAUGGUACAGGAAGUGAAACCCUCCUCAACACGAUCUACACUGAGCUCUACAUCACAGAGGGACAGAGUGAAGAGGUUAAUACCCAACAUGAAGUGAGGCAGCUGGAGACAGCUUCCAAGAUGAAGACCCUCCAUGACACUCCAAUCAAGUGCCACGACAUCUUUAAAGCCUUACCUGACCAACAGAGAUGCAUCAGAGUCGUUCUGACGAAUGGUGUCUCUGGUGUUGGAAAAACCUUCUCAGUGCAGAAGUUCACUCUGGACUGGGCAGAGGGCUCUGAAAACCAAGACGUCAGUCUGCUGGUUCUGCUUUCGUUCAGGGAGCUGAACCUGAUCAAAGAUGAGCAGUACAGUCUUCUCAUGCUGCUCCACGUUUUCCAUCCAACAUUAAAAAAGGUCACAGCAGAGAAGCUCGCUGUCUGUAAAGUGUUGUUCAUCUUUGAUGGCCUGGAUGAAAGCAGACUUUCACUGGAUUUCAGAAACAGGGACGUCAUGUCUGAUGUCUCACAGAAGUCACCUGUCAACGUGCUGCUGACAAACCUCAUCCAGGGAAAUCUACUUCCCUCGGCUCUGGUCUGGAUAACUUCCCGACCUGCGGCAGCCAAUCAGAUCUCUCCUGCAUGUGUUGAUAGGGUAACAGAAGUACGAGGCUUCACUGAUGCCCAGAAGAAGGAGUACUUCAGGAGGAGAUCCAGUGAUGAAGAGCUGUCCAGAAGAAUCAUCUCACACAUCAAGACAUCCAGGAGCCUCCACAUCAUGUGUCAGAUCCCGGUCUUCUGUUGGAUCUCUGCUACAGUUCUGGAGCACAUGUUGACCACAGAGCAGAGAGGAGAGCUGCCCAAGACCCUGACUGACCUGUACUCAAACUUCCUGCUGGUUCAGACAAAGAGGAAGAAGUACAAGUAUAAUGAAAGACAUGAGACAAGUCCACCGGAGCUGACGAAGGCUGACAGGGAAGUUCUUCUGAAGCUGGGGAGGCUGGCGUUUGAACAUCUGGAGAAAGGAAACAUCAUGUUUUACCAAGAAGACCUGGAGCAGUGUGGUCUUGAUGUCACAGAGGCCUUGGUUUACUCAGGAGUUUGUACAGAGAUCUUUAAAAGAGAGAGUGUGAUCUCCCAGAAAACAGUCUACUGCUUUGUUCAUCUGAGCAUUCAGGAGUUUCUGGCUGCAGUCUACAUGUUCCACUGUUACACAGAGAGGAAGACAAGAGAGCUGAGGACUUUCCUGGGACAAGAUGACAAACACUGGGAUUCACAACCUUUUAGCUGGAACACGGCGUAUUUUGGAAAUAACAAUAGCAGCUACCCAUCACUCGAUGUCCUCCUGAGUGAUGCCAUGGAGAAAUCCCUCCAAAGUAAAAAUGGCCACCUGGACCUGUUUGUUCGCUUCCUUCAUGGCCUGUCUCUGGAGUCCAACCAGAGACUCUUGGGAGGCCUUCUGGGUCAGACAGAGAACAGACCAGAAAUCAUCCAGAGAGCCAUCAACAACCUGAAGAAGAUGAACAGAGAUGAUAUCUCUCCUGACAGAAGCAUCAACAUCUUCCUCUGUCUGAUGGAGAUGAACGACCGCUCAGUACAUCAGGAGAUCCAAGAGUUCCUGAAGUCAGAGAACAGAUCAGAGAAGAGACUCUCUGAGAUCCACUGUUCAGCUCUGGCCUACGUUCUGCAGAUGUCAGAGGAGGUUCUGGAUGAGUUGGACCUGAAGAAGUACAACACAUCAGAGGAGGUACGACGGAGACUGAUCCCAGCUGUGGGGAACUGCAGAAAGGCAGUGUUGAGGGGCUGCAGGUUGUCAGAGAUCAGCUGUGCUUCUCUGGCCUCAGCUCUGAAGUCCAACCCCUCCCAUCUGAGACACCUGGACCUGAGAGGAAACAACCUGCAGGAUUCAGGAGUGAAUCAUCUGUGUGGUUUUCUGCAGAGUCCAGACUGUGGACUGGAGACUCUGAGGUUGAGGGGCUGCAGGUUGUCAGAGAUCAGCUGUGCUUCUCUGGCCUCAGCUCUGAAGUCCAACCCCUCCCAUCUGAGAGACCUGGACCUGAGUUACAACAACCUGCAGGAUUCAGGAGUGAAGGAUCUGUGUGGUUUUCUGCAGAGUCCAGACUGUGGACUGGAGACUCUGAGGUUGAGUCACUGCAGUUUGUCAAAGAUCAGCUGUGCUUCUCUGGCCUCAGCUCUGAAGUCCAACCCCUCCCAUCUGAGAGACCUGGACCUGAGUGAAAACUGGGACCUGCAGGAUUCAGGAGUGAAGGAUCUGUGUGGUUUUCUGCAGAGUCCAGACUGUGGACUGGAGACUCUGAGGUUGAGGGGCUGCAGGUUGUCAGAGAUCAGCUGUGCUUCUCUGGCCUCAGCUCUGAAGUCCAACCCCUCCCAUCUGAGAGACCUGGACCUGAGUGACAACUGGGACCUGCAGGAUUCAGGAGUGAAGGAUCUGUGUGGUUUUCUGCAGAGUCCAGACUGUGGACUGGAGACUCUGAGUUUGAGUUCCUGCAGUUUGUCAGAGAUCAGCUGUGCUUCUCUGGCCUCAGCUCUGAAGUCCAACCCCUCCCAUCUGAGAGACCUGGACCUGAGUGGAAACUGGAACCUGCAGGAUUCAGGAGUGAAGGAUCUGUGUGGUUUUCUGCAGAGUCCAGACUGUGGACUGGAGACUCUGAGGUUGAAUUCCUGCUGGUUGUCAGAGAUCAGCUGUGCUUCUCUGGUCUCAGCUCUGAAGUCCAACCCCUCCCAUCUGAGACACCUGGACCUGAGUGAAAACAACCUGCAGGAUUCAGGAAGACUUUCUACUGCGGCUCUCACUGCCUCUAUCGAGCCCACUGACAAAGACACAUUCCCUGAGGAAAUCCGACGGGACUUUGACUCCACAAACAACACGAAAAAGAAGGAAACCAGGAGGAGGAAGAAAAAGGGCGGAAUUAGAGCUAGACUGAAGAGGGAGAAAUGCAGAUAUCGUGCGCUCACGUCUGUCAUCCUGGUGAAUGUGCGCUCUUUGAGCAACAAGGUGGACGAGCUGCAGCCCAAUGUUAACUACAUGCACGGAUAUAGAACUGCAUCAGUGCUCGCUUUCACAGAAACUUGGCUUGGCAAUAAUGACAGUGAUGACACGCUGCACAUCGACGGCUUUGCCCCCGGAUCCGACUCGACCGGGACACAGAACGCACCGGGAAGCUACAUGGCGGAGGUGUGUGUUUCUACGUAA